AUGGGAAUGUGGAUCUUGGAACCGAAGCCUUUGAGGCAUGUGCCGGGUACUACUCAAUUAUACGAGGACGCAAGGUCCGAAGAGUCGCCAAAUCAGAGAAUCAAUCUCAAGCGUGCAACUGGGAGAGAUAGCAACAUGUUACUUGUUCCCCAACCUUCAGACUCUCCCAACGACCCGCUGAACUGGCCCCUGUGGAAACGUGAUCUCACGCUGGUUAUUCUAUGUCUCGCUGCAGCGGUUGCUGGAGUCCUUGGUCCUGCCGUAGCCCCAAUUAAUGCGGUUUUAGUUAAAGAAUUUAAUACAACCUAUCACGUUGUGGCUAGAUUCGCUGGUUGGCAGUUUUGGCCGGCCGCUGUUGCUGGGCUCAUAGGUUCUGCAUUUGCCCGCGUUUGGGGAAAGCGUCCGGUCUACCUGUUUUCUAUCAUUCUUCUUUUCAUCGGGGGGAUCUGGAAUGCACUCGCGACGAGCGCGGAUAGCUUCUUGGGUGCAAGGGUACUUCAGGGUCUUGGACUUGGGGCGUUUGAAACAAUCGUUCCUUCGUCAAUUGGGGAUAUGUAUUUUGUCCAUCAAAGAGGCAAGAGAAUUGCUUUCUACAACUUGAGCUUUCUGGGAAGUACAUACUUCAUGCCAGUCCUCGGAGGAUACAUCUCCAUGCACCACGGCUGGAGAGCGCAAUUCCAGAUAAUCAGCGCCUUCUUAGGCCCUAUCGUGUUCUUGAUCUUCUUCCUGGUCCCGGAACAUGCAUACAACAGACCGGCCAUCUUCAACACCGACUAUGCCUCCGAGGACAACCUGAGUGAUCUGGAUGAGCAUCUUGGACAGGCCAAUGCUGCAGUUCCUGAUGCCGCGGCGAAGGAAGCCAAUACUGAUGCUUCAGAGGCACCCGCGGAACCAGUAUCUUCGGGCAAUACUAGUGCGGAAGUAAAGAAGACAUUCUUGCAGGAAUUAAAGCUGUACAACGGGAGGUUUUCGGACGAGAACUUCUUCAAGCUCCUACUCGCCCCACUGGCCCUCUUCCUCUAUCCCGCCACCAUCUGGGGCUUCCUCUUUCAGGGCUCUUUCAUAACCUGGGGCAUCGCCGUCUCCGUCGUCCUCGCCCAAAUGUUCGCCGGCCCGCCCACAAACUUCACCCCGGAGCAACUCGGCUACAUGUACGCCGCGCCCUUCCUCGGCGCCGUAAUCGCCUACUUCGCCGGCAGCCUCCUCUCCGACUACCUCGCCAAAACGCUCGCCCGGCGCAACAACAACGUCUACGAGCCCGAGUUCCGCAUCAUCCUCGUCAUCCCCGUCGCCAUGUUUGGCCUGCCCGGUCUCUACGCAUACGGCCAUGUCGCAGAGAUGCAUCUGCACUGGAUUGUCCCCUCGGUGCUGUACGGCUUCCUGACGUUCGCCGUGGUCAUGAGCUGCACGGCGACGUUUGCGUAUAUCCUGGAUGCGCAUCGGGAUGUGAGUGUGGAGAUGUUGGUGUCGGUGUUGUUGCUCAAGAACUUUUUUGCGUUUGGGGCGACGUAUUUUUUGGUGGGCUGGGUUGCUACGGAUGGUCCGGCGAGGGUGUUUGACAUUAUGGGAGCGAUCCAGACGGCAAUCUGCUUCUUGUCCAUCUUUAUAUACUUCUUUGGAAAGGUGCAGAGGGACUUUAUGAACCGCCAUAACCUGCUCAAGUGGCUUGGGUUGUAUCCAAAGUCGGUCAGCACUAUUGCUGUUGCCUGA